GCGACUGUAGAGUACCCUGGAACCUCAACGGCUGGACUUUUUCUCAUUUGCGGAAGAAAAACACUCUUUGCAAAAGCUUUCUCGGGGAUUCCGUGGUUUUAUAGGCUUGGCUUUCGCAUCGACACCAUUUCGACGGCACUGUAAAUAUUCACGGGGCUCUAAUUUAAGAAGGAAAGGACAGCGAUAACAGGAAGAGGCUUGGACAGGAACAGAAGAAAAAGACAGAGAAGGGGUGGGAUGCAAGAGGGAAACAGAGUGGAAGAUAUUGAUAGGCUGGGACUCGCAGGAAAUCAGGAGGAUUAGAGACUCUCUUAGAGCAAGAAAAGAUGAAGCCCAUUAAAAAGCAAGAAAGGCGGUCGCCCCCAUCCACUCGCGCCAAAGGAGUUAAGAGGAGGACAGCGGAUAGUAGCCCACAGGAAGAGAAGAGAGAAACCGAGGAAAAACCCCAAAUUUCACCCACCUCUCCCAAGAGACAUUUCUCCUCAAAUUCUGACUCAUCACAGGAAGGGCCACUGAGAAGAAGCGGGUCUCCGGAAAAGGAGGGCGUCCUCAGUAUAGCAGUGGAUUUCGGGAAAACGGAGGAAGGCCCCGGGAGCUCCAUGUCUGGUGGAACACAGAGUGACAGCAACAGUAGCACGACCAGUGCCAGCAAUAGCCCCAACCCUUCGUCUAGUCGUAAAACGGCCACUUUUAAAGCCCGUGUGCCCAAGAAGAAGUACACCUCGGAGCACUAUGCCGGAAACCAUGGCAACUCCAGCACUCCCAGCACACCCCCACAGAGCAGCAGCGGCUCGCAUAACGGAAGUGGUGCUAGCCAGGGCCCAGCUGCCUCUGCUGCACACACGGACCUACAAGGUCAAAGCCAGCUGGCUGAGGACAGCAUUACUGGGUACAGACACAACAAUGUAACUGGACCUACAGGUAGAACUGCAGGUGAGUGUGGAGAGAGGGAUGGGACGAGCGCAUCUAGCCCACAGCGUUGCUCCUCAACCGAUACAGCCAGCGAACACUCAGCCGACCUAGAAGUGACAGCUUCAAGACGUGAUUCUCACUCCAACUCCCAAAAGCCACAAGCACAUAACACUUCAGCAUCCUCACAGGAGAGCCUGUCAUCUGGUUUAGCUGGAGUCCUCGCCAAAGGUCUCAAAAAUCAGAGAGUUCUGGCCCGACAGGGUCCCAGAUUAGGGGAAGGCUGGCCUCACGAUCGGGGCCGGGAAAUGUCUGGAGUGUUUCGCACUGGAGUUGUGCGGAGAGUUAGCGAGGAGCAUGGGAUUGUGGAGGUGCAACUAAAUGGAGAAAAGACCAUAUGCAAGUACCCAUUUCGAGUGGCUACUGAUUCUGUUGACCUUAUUCUAGAUGCGUCACCUCCUGGUGUGACCCUGGUGGCUAUAGGCACACGAGUCUGCGUCCCCUUUGGAGGAGGUGAUGAGGGCAGUGAGGGAGCGCAACAGUGGUACAGAGAAGGUAUAGUCACUCAAGUAGAUCCACACCCAGCUGUGUCUUUCCCAUAUCGUGUUCAACUACGGGAAGAUUUAUCUGAUGAGAGAAAGGAGAGGAGAGGUGUAGAGGACGAUGGAAGGGCUCAGGCCAUUUGGGUCUCACGACAAAAUCUCCGCCUCCUGGUUCCUCCUUGGGACCUAGAGCCACCCCAGCCAGCAGAGCCAGGGAUUGAUUGUAGGAGGGUAAGAGAACGAGAGUGGGAGGAAAGAGAGGACAUGGAAGUGGAGCAGGAGGUGGUUCAACUGACUAGACCAACGUUUGUUCCGAGUUUGUUGCAUCCUGUGACUGUACCUUUCACCUCACCACAUUCUUCGUCUUCUGCCGUUAACCCUGCCAUCACAUCUGUACUCAGUGUAGCCCUCCUGGGCCUGGAUUCAGCCACAGGUGCGGCAGUCAUCUCCUCCACAUCCCAGCUUCCUCCCUUGCCCCGAAGCUCUUCUCGAGGCUCCCUGGACAAGACCCCUAGCUCCAACUCACAUGGUGCGUCAGGGGGUGGCAAUGGAUCCUCGUCCUCUUCGUCACGUUCCCGCACACCCCUCACAGCCGCUCAACAGAAGUACAAGAAGGGCGAUGUGGUGUGCACCCCUACAGGCAUCCGCAAGAAGUUCAACGGCAAGCAGUGGCGCAGACUGUGCUCACGUGAAGGUUGCUCGAAGGAGUCGCAGAGGCGCGGCUACUGCUCGCGGCAUCUCUCCAUACGCACCAAAGAGAUGGAAGCCGGAGGCGGGGUUGGCCGAGACAGGAGUGGUGCCAGUAGCACGGGCACUCUCACACCUGACCUACGUUUAGGUGGACGCACCAGCAGCGAGUAUGACUGGGAUGACAACUCACGAGACAGCAGUGAAGCAAGCAGCCGUGGCGGGGACUCGCGACCACGUCUGGUGAUGACUUCUCUUAUACCACAAGAACUGCCACGUGAUAUGUCCCGCUUUGACUUUGAUGAGUGCGAGGCUGCAAAUAUGCUGGUCUCACUUGGCAGCUCACGCUCAUGCACGCCCUCAUUCUCACCUGUAUCCAAUCAGUCACCAUUCUCACCUGCGCCGUCCCCCUCACCCACACUAUUUGGCUUCCGCCCAGCUAAUUUCAGCCCCAUCACAGCACCUCUGACCCCUCGCCGCCCUCGCCAUCUCAGUGGCACAAAAAUCCCUGGCACUCCCAGCACAGAACGUGAGCGCCACAUCUCUGGCAUCAUGCCCACUUUUCAGACCAAUCUGACGUUCACUGUACCCAUGAGUCCCAGUAAACGUAAGCUGGAUGCCCCACUACCCCCACUGCCCAGUGCAUUAGACUAUGCGAAAUCUGAUCCUCAGCUAAAUGACCCCAGCCUCAACCUCAACGCAGUAGCAUUCAGGGUUCUGUCCCCCCAAAGCCAGCCUACCACCCCCUCAUCUCUCUCAUUCCCUCGACAGAGGAGCAUCACAAGUCGACCCUCAUCCUCUGCCGCUUCCACUCCACCCCCUAUGCUGGUUUCUCCCACACCACCCUCACCCCUGCCACAGGAUCCCAGCUCACGUCGUAUUGUUCCCCUACGCGAUUCGCCUGUCAUUGUUCGUAACCCCGAUGUACCACUGGCAAAAUUCAGCGAUGGUCCCGUGAGCCGUAGAGGAAGCUCACGCUCUAGGGAGCACAGCCAGCCCCCUCACCAUGCCAUGGGCCUCCAGGCCCCUGUGCCCAUCAAUGGCGCCGCCACCAACGGAGCCGUUCUCCUUCGCAAUCCUGCUUCCACCUUACUCCUGGUGACUUCCUCUCAGUCAUUGACACCUGUGGCUCCUGGACAUCCCGCCCAUUCAAACUCUGCCACUUUGAAUGUGUCCACUUCUAAUGCAACCAUUGGACCUGCCCUUGCACUAUGUGGCUCAAGAGGGAAAGAGCAAGAGAGGAAGUCAGGUGGGCCUGCAGAUGCGGGUGGUGCUCUCCCACAGCCUGUGGCUUGCCAUCCUUCACCCACUGCUCUGUUGCCACUCAUCCUGCCAGCCGAGUCCCCUCACCCUGCUCCUCGCAAAGACAUCAUCAUGGGACGACCUGGCACUGUUUGGACCAACGUGGAGCCCCGCUCUGUGCCAGUGUUUGCGUGGCAUUCGUUGGUUCCUUUUCUGGAGACCAACCAAACAAAAAUGUGCAUGCAGCCUGCAGAUGGCCAAACACUUGUAAAUCAGGGCAAAGAACCUCGCUGUGGAGUUGCCCUUGUGACUGAGGGACCUACUGACUGUCCAGCACCACAGAGAGGUUCCCCGUCUUGCCCCCCUCCUACUGCUGAAGACCCACCUGUGGAGAGAGGAGGAGGUGACAGUGAGACCGAGAGUGAUGCUGAUGAUCUUUUUUUUCCAGCUCAAGACACUGCUCCAUCCAUCAGCCCAGUGAAAAGGCGCACACAAUCUCUCAGUGCACUCCCAAAAGAAGGUGACAAGAAGAGGCAAAAGGACCACAUCAGGCGGCCAAUGAACGCAUUUAUGAUCUUUAGUAAGCGGCACCGUGGCCUGGUUCACCAGCGGCACCCCAACCAGGACAACCGUACUGUCAGUAAAAUACUGGGUGAGUGGUGGUACGCGCUGGGACCCAAAGAGAAGCAGAAGUAUCAUGAUCUUGCCUUCCAGGUGAAGGAGGCUCAUUUCCGGGCUCACCCUGAUUGGAAAUGGUGUAACAAGGACAGAAGGAAGUCCCUGUCUGAGGGCCGGGGAACUCCAGGGGCCAAAGAAGCUCAGGAGCAUAGCGUGUCUGAAAGUACAGUGGCCCAUUCCACAUCUCAGGGGGCCGUCCACAAAGGAGCAGGGCCCAGCUGGACUUCACCUCGGUCUGACGGUCACGGAGGAUCAAUGGGAGGGCAGCUUCAACGGCCUCGCGCCUUUUCCCAGAGUGCUGUGCAUAAUCUGGAGAGCAGGGAGAAGGAGAGAGCACUGGAAAGUGCGGGACUGUUUCAUCCCCGUCGUCCUGCUCACCCUCGACGACCGAGUGAGGAUGUGACCAGUGAUGAAGAGCCUAUGGUUAUCUGUGAAGAGGGGGAUGAUGAUGUCUUAGAGGACUCGUUUGCAGACGGCUCCAUUGACCUGAAGUGUAAGGAGAGAGUGACAGACAGCGAUGACGAAAACGACCAUGCAGAUGAAGCUGACAGCAAGCGCACCUUCCAACCAGUCCAUUCCUCUUUGGGGUUGUCUCCAACUGUCUACAAAGACGACAAAGAACGGCAUGAAAAGAACCUGGAGAAGAAGGAGAAGAGACGGAUGGGUGGCGCAGAGCUGGAUAAUGGGGGGCCCAAAGAAGGGAAAGGAGGAGGUAGAGGAGGGCAGGUUCCGUUCCAUGUUAAUUCGGCCUCCGUUACUGGUAUAAAUGCCAAUUUGCCGCAUGAAGCCAGGAAGUACCCUUUGCAAGGUGCUGUCAGGAUGGCCCCCACCGUAGUGACCAAUGUUGUUCGUCCCAUCACUAGCACCCCUAUCUCCAUCGCCAGCAAGCCAGUUGAUGGGGAUGUGGCUGUUGGGACCCUACCUCCAGACGGGAAGCCCAAGCUACUAAUCGGUGCAGGCGGAGCAGGAGGAGGUGGGUACUUUCCCUCCUCUUCCCCCAAACCUAAUGGGCAAGGAAGCUUAGUUACUGGCCUAGUCCUGGGAGGAGCCUUCCCAAACCAACCCACCAUUCAGCUCAUCACCCCAACCCAACCUACUCCAUGCAACGGAGCCCCUAAUAGCAGUGCAGUACCCCUUCCCCUACUUCAUCACCAGUUCCUCCCAGCCGCCUCCAUUUCGCCCCCUAGUGGCGGGAAACCUGUAACACAGGUUCAGUACAUCCUUCCAACUCUGCCUGCAACUGCCAAUCCCAACAGUCCCUCCGCCCAGCAGACCCAGCAGGCCUCCAACAUCCUUACCUUGCCCAGUGCCGCACCCACCCAUGUGACCCUGGCCAAUGGUGUACAUUUAGGGUCGGGGCAAGGAAUAAGAUAUGCUUCAGUCCCAGCAGUGGGAGGAGUCAGCCCGGGAGGUGGAGUUCAAGCACAGUCCCCAGUCUUGCAGAGCAAGAUGUUGGUUCCCAUGGCAACUGUCGGAACAGGAUCUACACCUCCGCAGCCAAUUUCCCUGGUGGGUCCACCCCUUCCUGUUCAAAAUGGCACUCAACUAGGAAGUAAGGUCAUUCAGAUUGCACCAAUGCCUGUGGUCCAAACAAAUGUUCAUCCUGGAGGAUCAGUGCAUACCGGCAGCUCAUUUCCUGUCUCUAUGCCAACCACGACUGUCAUGGCCCCUGGGCCCACCCCUCCACAGACGGUGCUCUUGACACCACCACCUACAAGGAUCACAUAUGUCCAGUCAACUCCUGGAGUUGCGGCUCCUUUGCCAUUGGGUUCAACACCUGCAGUCUCUUCCACCCAGCAGGCCCCGUCACCUUCGGUUCCAUCUUUUUUGCAAUCACAGGUGGCUACCCUUGGCUUUACUGCAAUUGCCCCAGCCGGUCAGGCCUUGGUUCAACCUAUUGUUGCAAGUCAGCCACCCCUCCUGGCUCCAUGUCCGCCCCCGAGCGGAUUGUCACAACCAGCACAAACCUCGACGGCCACCCGUCAACUAGUGACUGCCAUUUACCCCAGCGUCAGCUUAGCCGGAGGAGUUGUGUCAGUGACAACCGUGCCACAAAGCACAGCAACAUCCACAUCAGUUCCAGCAUCAUCCUUAGCGCCUCAAGCAAAGACCUUCUCAGCCGCGGCUGCGCAACCACACACGCAGACAGAUGCGCAGCUGCAGUCUCAGGUAAACAUGCACAUGGAAAACGAGAGAGGACCAGAAUCUAGGAAGGAGAUGGAGAAACAGAGAGACCUGGUGGUGUCAAAGGAUGGACAUCAGACGCCACCUAGUGGUUUGGAGGAAUCGGUGCAACACACACAUAAAGGUCAGCAUUGUGAAGGGAAGGAGGAUGGAAAGAAAGGGAGCAAAAUGGAACGAGAGUCUGAGAGAGACGUAGGAGGGGGCCCGUCUCAAACAGAGAGAGUUGAGAGAGCAAGAGCGAUGGAAGGGGAGACAGAGACUCAAGCUGAGACCAACAGCAAAGACGAACAGUGUCGAGAGGCAAGACGCUGGGAAGCUUCUGUUUUGGACCCCCCACCACCCCCUUUGCACACUGACCCUCCUUCUGCUAAAAAGACCAAGUUCCGCCCACCUCCACUGAAAAACACUACUGAUGCUGGCGACAAGGCGCUGUUUGGCUCCUCUUUUGAAGAGCGUCUUAAAGAGCUGCCGGAGUUCAAGCCUGAAGAUGUGCUGCCCUCUCCCAAUCUACAGAGUCUAGCAACUUCCCCUAGAGCCAUACUGGGCAGCUACCGCAAGAAGAGGAGGAACUCUACAGAUCUAGACUCUGCAGACGACCCCAGUUCACCACGGAGGAAGAGUCGUCGCCUGUCCAGCUGUAGCUCAGAACCCAACACGCCCAAGAGUGCUGCCAAGUGUGAAGGGGACAUCUUUACCUUCGACAGGGCUGUUGGAGAGACUGAGCAUAUUUUGGAGGAGUUGGACCGUGUGCCGCCUUCCUCUCUGCGUAGGAUGUUGGACCAGCGGCGUGCGCUCGUCAUGCAGCUCUUCCAGGAGCACGGCUUCUUCCCCUCAGCGCAAGCCACAGCUGCCUUCCAAGCUCGCCACUCGGAAACAUUUCCCAACAAGGUGUGCCUACAGCUGAAGAUCCGCGAGGUAAGGCAGAAGAUCAUGCAGACCGCCGGCAGUUCUGAAAUCAUGGGAGGUGUGGCUAGCGGAAGCUCUGACUCCGCCUCUACUCCCGGACCAUCCAAUCCAGUGGCCAGGGAGAAUUCCGAAGCAGAUGAGAGGGGCAGGGCCACGGAAGAGCCAAAGAAAGACGCGGGCGAUCCGCAGGAGUCGAGAUGAAGAACGACAAGCAGAACGGAAGGAUGAAAGACGAAUGUAGGGAUAGAUUAUAGAAAUGUGUAAACCCAUUUCCGCUGGCGAUAUACAGUACAGCACUUAUGUGGAUUUUGCUUGGUUUCUAAUCGAACCGAUUUCGUUGCCAUUGCGUUCACUUCGUUGAUGUUCUGUUGUUAUGCACAGUUACACAUACACACAUACACGCACACACACUUUAUGCAAUUACAUAAUAAUAUCACUUUCACACAUUAACGACUUGCACAAGGAACUAUUACAUACAGCGCAUGAGGUCGCACUCAUUUGCAUAUGCCACUCGUGUUAGGCCGUCAUUGGUCCACCUCUGCAUUAGGGCGUGGCUUCACUUUCUGUCGGAAUUUUCGAGCCCUUCAAUGCUGCACCACAGGCAGCACCAAACCAGCCUGUCUGCACACACUCAGUAAAGCCCCCUGCGUGGGGCCAGCACAGAUUUUUAUCGAAAGGACUGAAUGUUUUAGAAGAGAAAUUAGACUGUUUGAGGUACCGUUAACUUUCGAUCCAAAACGGGGACGGGGUGGGUGGGGGUACAAAUGCGCUUGCACUUUCAUUUGUAGAGGCCGAGAGGAAAGCAAUAGCCGGGGGAGGAGAAGGGUCUUCGUGCGAAUGUUACGCCCCUGUGACGGGGUACAUGCAUCGGCUGUUACUGUUCUUCAGCACGGGCUGUAAAUUCACAGGUUUUUUUUUUUAUCCCAGAAGCAGCAAACUUAAGACUUGUAAUCACGUAGACCAGCGGAGCAGAAAACAGAGGCUACGGCGACCGCCACAAUCGCAUAAACAACAACAACAACAACACAGCACACUCAAAAGCGAGAGAGGAAAAAAUUGUCCUAACCUCGAAAAGAAGACGCAAACGAAUAGAGACACUACCCCUCUUCGAAUCAACGUGUAGUUAUGCUUUGUCGUUUUGUUGUUGUGUCGUAACGGUGGUACUGACUGAUAUCUUUUUUUGUAUUAGCUUGCGCCUCUCUUCUUCUUCUUACUCUAGUAAUAUUUUCAGCAUGGACUAAUCUAAGUGUUGGAGCGAUUACAUCGAAAAGAAAAAAGACUCUGUUUUAGCCUCUUAGCUGAAGCUCCUCUUCUCUGGCCGCCGACUUAGGCUUUUCCCCGUACACUGUAUAUAUAUAAUUGUGAUGGCUGGGGAGGGGGGCAGAGGGUGGGCACGAGGCUCUCUCUGUGUUCUUUUCCUUGUUUCUUUCUUGCUUUUUGAUAUUUCAAUCAGGUGUUUGCACAAUAUAUGGUCCAAGACCAUGAUUUAAAUCAGGAAAGUAUUUGUUUUUAGAUAUUUAAAAACUAACCAACAACUUUGUUCCAUUGCGUUCGAUUCACCCUUUCCACAUCCCAUAAGGAAAAGCCCUUAUUAUUUUCAUCUCCUUAAUAGACUUUUAACCCAAGUGUUGAUGGAAAGCGCCACUUUAAGCGCUGGUCUGGAGUCAGAGUAAGCUUUGUAGUCUGCGACGACGAUUUCGUUUCAGGAUUACGCAAGGGAAAGCUGACCCGAGACCAGCGCUGGGGCGGCAUUUCUCAGGAUCUCCUCUUUCUUACUCUGCCUCUUCUUUCAUUGGUGCAAUAGAACGUGGGUGGGAAUUAUUUUUGAAGUAGACGAGUGACCUUUUAGUGCCAUAGAUUUUCACUGUACAAGCUGUAAUAAAAAUAUAUAUAUAUUGAAAGGAGAGUGGGGUAAAAAAAUCAAUGAGUAUCGAGAGAGAAAUCCAAACUGAACAAGCAAAAAAAAAAUGUAACCUAGCACUUUCUUGCGUCUGGUUUUGCUGAAAGAGAAGGAGUGUCGAGUAUAAAAAUGCUACUCAGUCUUCACUUGAAUGUGUGACAAUAUAAAUGUAUAAAUAUACCUAUAUAUUUCUAUAUGUUCAUGAUAUACAGAUGUCUGUGUGUGUGCGAGCGUAUGUGCUUAUACAUUACAUGCGCCCUGACAAAUCAAACUUACUCCCGAGUAAAGGCUAUUCAUAUUUUCCCUCCCGAAAAUGCAGUGGCACUACAUUAAAAGACUGUUAGCAUAUGCCUGAAAACCGGUGGCUACUGACGUGCGUGAGGAGAGAUCGGCAUAUGUAACCAUUCAACUCAAUUCUUAACUUGAUUUAUCUGGCCUUUCUUUGCCUUCCCCCGGCAACAGACAAAUGCUUACACACAUACCUGCACAUGUAUGCGUGUACAACUUAUGAUUGUGUAUCCAAUAAACUGUCUUUACUUUGGAGAAGGGAGUUUUAGAAUGAGGAAGGUGAGUGCAAACUCAUCAACAGGCAUGUUGACCAUGUGCAAUAUUUCUAAACAAGAGAUUAUUGAAAAAAUUAAAGACCUAACACAA